AGAGGUAGCCUGCAGCCUGUAUUCAUUUCGACCCUGUCCCCGUGUGGCGUCCAUAUGAGACAGGCGGCUGGUGCUGUUCCAGUUCCAUCUCCCUCCAGCAUCGUCUCGGUUUCGCAUUUCUGUCUUUUUUUCUCUCCAUCAUGAGCAUCAGCCUGGGACGCAAUGCGCCGUUGUCCCCGAUCUCUCUAGGCGGUAGCGAGUUUUCUGUCUCAAAGUAUCAAGGUCCCGAAGACGGCCCCUAUCCCAACGGUCGCUCCAAUCUCGCAUCGCCCCCGAAUUCGGGUGGCUCCAACAGCACCAUGAGUAUCAACGGUUUCCCGAGCGCUCCUAUCAACGGUCCAGGACCUGGUCCCGGGCCUGGGCCUGGUCCUAGAAGCACUGGAGGUCCCUCGCCGCCUGCUUCAAUUGCUCGGUCGAGCAACGGAACCCAGCUCUAUGCUCGCAGCGAAAGUGGUCGUAACAGCGUCCGCGGCGAUCUCGACGAGUCCGUCCUCAGCGAGCACUACGUUGCUCUGCGCACUUUUCUCAAUACCCGAGAUCCCAAUCACAAACAGCAGCCCAACAAAGCCCGCGACAAGCUUUUGCGCCUCUCCUCGGUUCAGUUUUAUGAGCUUAGUACCGAUGUUUUCGACGAAUUGAUAAGACGACAGGCCACUGCCAGGGCUCCGCCGAACGCACCAAAUGGUCCUCCCUCCUUUCUGCUGCCCGAGAAGAACUUUCACCCCAAGCGCAACCAGGCUCGCCAAAGGCUAUCGUCUCUUGGCCCACCACGAUUCCGAGAUCUGGCCGCCGAUGUCUAUCACGAAUUAGAACGAAGAUUCCCUCGAUUUGUAGGAGCUGAUCUCGCCCGCAGUGGAAGCCCCAUGUCAAUCAGGGGACCGGGUACUCCAAUUAAUGCAUCACCAGGUGCCCAGAAUGGCGAUUACGGACGCCCAACCCCGAAACAGCUCAACCAGAAUAACACGAUCGUUCCGAACAAAAGUACCAUGCUUGAAGAAGACGACGAAGGUGAAGGAUUUGCAGAACCAGAUCCGAAUCGUGAGAGCAAGCGGAGUGCCGGAAGCGGUGUGACUUCGGAGGCCGAUAAGAAGCUCAUCGAGGAUUAUCAAAAUCAGGUACGAGAACUACGUGAAAAAUUGGAUAGUAUGGAAGAUACUAUGAGGAAGAAGGAAGACGAGAUGAACAGUGCUCUGGACCAGGAACGUUCUCGAUCUGCUACUACCAACCAGGAGAAACAGGAAUGGAAUGACCUGAGACUCAACCUUGAGAACAAACUAGCUGAGGCGCAAAAUUUGAACGACUCAAUGAAGCAAGAAUUGCAGCGUGUGCGAGAGGAUCACGAUAUCGAGACACAAAGGCUUAGGGACGAUGUGGCCGCAGCACAUGAAUCAGCACGAAAUACUGGGCCUGCUGCAUCAGAUUCAGACCUUCAGCGGGAAAAUGAUGAGCUACGACAGGAACUCCGAGAACAACAACAAGUCACAGAAGAGGUUCGAAAAGAGGCCCAGGAGUUCUUGCUUGAGAUGCGCCAACUUUCGCAACAGAGUGGCUCAACGCAUGAACGACAUGCAGAGCUGGAAAAGACAAUCGAGAGACUCGAGCGCGAGGUUCACGAGUGGAAGAACCGAUACGCGGGCGCAAAAACGCAAUUGCGACACAUGCGUGCAUCUUCCGCUGGUCCUGGCAUUGAGCAUGACGCAGCAAAGCAUGUCCGGGAGAAGGGAUUUAUGGAUGACCGAGGACUUGUUAAAGAUGUUCACGUCACCAAGUUUCAAAUCGCCAUUGACGAGCUUCUGCAAAAAGCACGAACUGAAGAUCCAGAAAAGGUCAUCGACGCAAUGAAGCUCGUUGUUGUCAGCGUCCGCCGCAUUACCAAGGACAUCGAGGUCCCACAGAAUAACGAUGAAGACUUCGCACAGCAACAGGCCAAGAUCAGAUCCAAGGUAUCUUCUACCGCAAACAACCUCAUCACGGCUUCCAAGAACUUUGCUCAUAGCGCCGGCAUGUCCCCCGUCUCACUACUCGAUACAGCAGCGUCACAUUUGGCUGCUGCCAUCGUGGAGCUUCUUGGCCUGGUCAAGAUUCGGACAACUCCCGCUGAAGAAUUGGAUGAUGACGAUGGAACUGUAACCCCUGCGGACUCCAGUGGACUCUUUUCCCCUGUAGCUACUGAGCAUCCUUCGACUACUCAAGUCGGACUCCCUCCUCCACCGCCCUUCCAAGGUCUUGGUGGUAUGCGAGGAAGCAUUGACUCAUCGGCAUACAGUCCUUUGGGCUCACCUCGUCAAUCCGCGGAGCCAUAUUCUGGAAGGCCCAUGUCUAAGGCGAGCGCGGUACCAAUCGGGCUCGGGCACUCUAAUGCGAACAACCAAGUCAAUGGGCAAGGAUCGCAUCAGCUAGACCCCCGAGCCGCCGAAGACCUCAAACUCUACCUUGAGGAUCAGAAUGCUCUCCUUUCGACUGAUAUCCAGCAGCUUGUGAACACCAUCCGGGGUGAUGCUGAGAUGCGACAGAUUACAGGCGAGAUUGGCUCUAUCAACGCGAUUGUUAGCAACAUCAUUUCAGAAACACAAGCAUACGGCUUAGGCGAAAUGGCAACCCAGUUGGCAAACUGCAGAGCACGACUACUAGAGGCUGCUGAUCAAGGCCAGGAUAUGUCCAACAUUGGCAUGGAUACCAACUCUCACGAAUGGCGCAUGUGGGUACAAACACUGCCACCCAUCGCAUUUGGGCUGGCGCGUGAGGCCAAGGAGUUGGCUCAACAAGCCGACGAUAUGGCCAGAUCCGGACGACCUGAUGACUUUUCGUAAUUACCUUUCACUUCAUUUCUAAGAAUCCGGACUUUGCCUUUGCAACCGGAAAACGCUUUAUACCCCCUGAACGCCAGUUUUAGCACUGGAUUAGCUAUUUGAUG